CUCCCCAUUGCCCUACUUCUUUUCCAGUCCUCCCUUUCAUCAGGCCCUUUUCCCUAAUUUCUCUUGGGACGCUAGGGACGUUCCUGCCAGGAUGAGUCACAGGAAGUUCGAGCAUCCGCGCCAUGGUUCCCUCGGCUUCUUGCCCCGGAAGCGCUGCAAGCGCUCACGCGGGAAAGUGAAGUCGUUUCCCAAGGAUGACCCCACCAAGGCGCCGCACCUGACGGCGUUCCUGGGCUACAAGGCCGGCAUGACGCACAUCGUCCGCGAGGUCGAGAAGCCCGGAUCCCGUCUGCACAAGAAGGAGGCGGCGGAGGCGGUCACCAUCGUCGAAACCCCUCCCAUGAUCGUCUGCGGACUCGUCGCCUACGUGAAGACGGCCCACGGCCCGCGCACGCUCACGCACGUGUACGCCGGGCAUCUGAGCGACAACGUCCGGCGCCGGUGGUACAAGAACUGGCACAAGUCGAAGAAAAAAGCGUUCACCAAGUACGCUAAGAAGUUCAGCACCGAGGACGGGAAGAAGGAGAUCGAGGAGGAGCUCGAGCGCAUGAAGAAGCACGCGUCGAUCAUCCGCGUGAUGGCACACACCGAGGUGCACAAGCUCAAGGGCAUCAAGCAGAAGAAGUCUCAUCUGAUGGAGAUCCAGAUCAACGGCGGGACCAUCGAGGAGAAGGUCGACUGGGGCUACAAGCUGUUCGAGAAGGCCGUUCCGAUCGAUGCCGUUUUCAGGAAGGACGAGAUGAUUGACAUUAUCGCCAUCACCAAGGGUCACGGUAACGAGGGUGUGGUGCACCGUUGGGGUGUCACCCGCCUGCCUCGCAAGACCCAUCGCGGUCUUCGCAAGGUUGCCUGUAUCGGAGCGUGGCAUCCGGCUCGUGUCGCGUACACCGUGGCGCGCGCCGGUCAGAAUGGUUACCAUCACCGCACGGAGCUCAACAAGAAGAUCUACAAGAUCGGGAAGAAGGGCGACGAGAGCCACAAGGCCAGCACCGACUACGACCGCACUGACAAGGAGAUCACCCCGAUGGGCGGCUUCGCGCAGUACGGUGUGGUCGGGGAGGACUACAUCAUGAUCAAGGGGUGCUGCCCCGGCGUGCGCAAGCGCGUGGUGACUCUCCGCCGGUCGCUGCUGAAGCAGACGUCGCGCAACGCGCUGGAGGAGGUGAAGCUCAAGUUCAUCGACACCUCCUCCAAGUUCGGCCACGGCCGCUUCCAGACGUCCGAGGAGAAGGCCAAGUUCUACGGCCGCACCAAGGCCUAGAGCGUGGGGCGCGAAUGUGGGACCUGUGUGGAGGGCCGCGAAGAUGCUUAUGCGUCAUGGCACGUGGCUUGGGCCGCUGGUACUGUGCCCAGCGGCUGAAGGAGAGCAAGCCCCACACCACGACCACGUAUCCUGCACUAUGUGGUUUGGUUGGGGGGCUUGCUUCUCUGGGCGCCCUGCACCACUGCCAUGCCCUCUGCCUUCCCUUGCUUAGUGGCUGGAGUCUCCACAUGGCAGUGUUGGCUUGAGGGGGGAUUGAUGCAGUCGAACUUUGAGAACAUGGAUGUGACGUCGUUCUAUUGGAGUUUGAUCCGUCGUUUCAUUUGUGUACAGCAAGAAUAGUUGCGUAGAUCUGUUAAUCAGUUAAUUUGUCAUCUAGGCAGGGCCAAUAACCUCCUAAUUGAGUCACUUUGUGGGGCCAGCAGUUCGCUGCUAGCCCUCCGAAUUCCAUAAAUUAUGCCGCCCAUAUGUCUUGAUAUCCAUACGGCAUUAGGUGCAUUGCUACACCUCAUGUGGCAUGAUUGCCAGUCGGCCCUUUUAUGGUUUUUUCUUUGUCACGUAGCUGGGUAUCAAGGAAAGCAACGCAGCGUUUACUACUGUUUUGUGGGCUCAAACUCCUAGGAUGUCCCUUCAUGCUUCCAUCGCGCCACGUCAGAUCCGCUUUACGAUAGCAGCGUCACAUAUUCCUUCCGCCGACCGAGCGCGGUCUGGUCGAGAAUAGCAAAGCCGGGAAUUUGUGGCCAAAUACGCAGGAUCGCUCGAAUAAGAGACGCGAACAGGACUCCGCCAUGGAUCCUCGUGAAUCCAAGGAGCCGACUCCUCUAGACGUCUCCUCGUUGCCACGUAGGAUUGUGUUUGACGACGUGCUCAGCGCGCAGGAGUGCGAGGAGCUUGCAUUUAUCCACGCCAGCAGCAGCACGGUGGGGUACCGGCCGCAUGUGUGCUCCACCACGCUCUCCCACCUCAUCGCCGCCAACUGCGCUCCCCUCAUGCUCCCCAUCCUCCCCAUUCGCGAUCGCAUACGGGACAAGGUGGAGGAGGCAUUCGGCAUGCAGCUAGGGCUGUUCAUUGAGUUCACGGGACUCAUCAGCUGGUUGCCAGGCGCCAGCAUCGGCUGGCAUGCUGACGACAACAGGCCGUACCUCAAGCAACGAGCAUUCGCUGCGGUGUGCUACUUGAACGAGUACGGCAAGGACUUUGAUGGGGGGCUCUUCAGGUUCCGAGAGGGCCAUCCACACUCCGUUGCUCCCAAGCCUGGGAGACUGGUGGCAUACUCAGCUUCAGGCGAGAAUGAGCACUGCGUUGACCCUGUGAUUCGGGGUCAACGCCUCACCCUCACUCUGUGGUUCACACUCAACCCUGCACACAGCGAAGACUCCUCCCUCCUCUCCCUUCUUUCUCGCAUCCCACUCUCUCUCCGCCCUCCCUUUCCUCACACUUCCCUCAACCCCACACCCAUGGGGGAUGUGGGGCCUGGAAGGUUCCAUGACGAUGGGGAGAAUGCUGAGGUGGAGGUUGUAUCUGAGGGCAGGGACAGAUGGGAAGUGGUAUCUGAAGCCAAUCAGAGGGGGAAAGUGGGAACUCAUGGGCUUGGGGAAAAUGGCCGAGACUCAGCACCAAAGGGGAAUGUGGAAGAGAGGAGCAGAGGGGAUGGAGGGACAGAAGGGUCAAAGAGGAGACGUGUGAGCAGCCUACUGUGCUCCCAUUGUGGGCCGGAGGGCUUAGCAUGCCUGCAUCGUGAAAGGGAGGACAGGGACGAGGCAGUGCUGGUGCCCAUUCCGCUUUUAGCGUCUGAUUCUCUGUAUAUAGUGCAGAAGGAGGGCCAGGGGGGAGAGGGUGAGGCAGCGGAAAGUGAAGUGGGGGGAGGAGUGCAACAGGGAGGGAGGGAGUCUGAUAGGGAGGAGCAGGGCGGGAGGGAGGUUGAUAUACGGGUACAGGAGCUAGCCAGUAUGGGAUGGAGGGCUGCCCCUUUUGUGCAUAACAGCUGCAGUGCCACGAUAGGGUUACCGCCUGGGAGAGAUGAUGCAGGGUUACGGGAGACGGAGUCUGAGUGGGUGGUGUUAGUUCCUGUGCUGGCUCAUGAGCUCAGAGACGGGGCUGGUCCCUGCCCUCCUUGGUCAGUUUCAAACUCAGGAGAGGCUGGGACAAAAAUGGUAAAGAAGGAGAAGGAUACAGGAGAGGGGAAGGAGAGGAAGGAGAUUGAGGCUGCAAUGUCUAUAGGAUGCAUCGAUAGAGGUGAAAUGAGGGGUAAAUGUGAUAGCGGGGGCGGGGGGGCAGACGAGCAAAUGGACUCCUCUCAGAAAGAAGUGCGUGUUCCGCCACCGGUGCUGUUCUUCAAUAUUCUGCACGCCUUACAGGUAGCAGCCUUCCACAGGUGGCGGACUAAAUCAAGGGCAAAUGCAGGGGAGUGCUGCAUCAACUGUGGCAAAUGUGAACAGUGCGAAAGGAACUCUGGUUGUAAUGAAAAGAUUUCCUGGAGGGGAAUGUUAGAUGCAAUGGAGCCGUGGAAAAUGUACAUGAAGGGUCUCACACGCAAGUUUCAGGAAUCCUCACCCAAAUGGCAGGCUGAUCAAAUCCUGUAUGACUGCUUGUAGUCUUCCUGCAUUUUCGAAAGUUCCCAUGCUGUUGCAACGGGCCCAGUAAAAGCAGCAAGCACGAAGUCUCUCACCUCGAGUUUGACAUGCUGGCUGGUAAGGCCGCGAAGAUCGAUAGCUCGAGCGUCCUCUCCCGUAAGGUCCAUCGAGAUGGACGAAGGCCAGGGCCAAUUUCUGCCCGUGAGAUUCUUUCCCUCCGCUUACUACGUUCACACAGCCUGCUCGCAGAAGGCGGCGGCAAAAGCUUCCUGUCGCUUUCGCCCUUAAGCGCGGAAGACCAGUUCCUGAAUCUGGUUUCGUUGUUGGCAGGAGGUCCUUACUGAGUUCUUCAGACAUGUCUACGAAGCGGAGAGCUCAGAGGUGCGUUGCAGGUUUCAUUUUACUGUAUUGUUGGAGUCUCCGCAUUUUAGGAAAUUUUCGGUUGUGAACGGAGACCUUUUGCCAUAAGGCCUAUACAGCUUCCAGGUUCAACCUCCGCAGCAUUCGGGGUGGCAGCAGGGCAAGGGGGCGAGGAUGAAGCCAGCCUUGCUCAUGCAGUUCCUCCUCUUGAUUCGCCUCAAGGGCUCGUCAGAAGCGCAGGCGAAGCGGAAGCAGCAUCACGUCCGGGUCGUUUGAGGGAGAGAGAUGACGUGGAGGGUGACUCUGCCGAAGCAGAUCCGCCUGCUGGGGCGGCUGAAGCUGGUGAUGAGCCGAGGGAGGUCGUUCAGGGUGAGGAGGGUGAUGGUGGGGCAGCAGGGCAAAGGAAGAAGCGCAAGAGACAAUCCAGUGUCGGCGCAGGAGGCGUGGCUCUUCCUGUAACAAAGCCAGCACAACGCCUUUGUUGUGGACUUCUUCGCCUGUUUGUUCAGGAAGCAGUUGGCCGUGCAACAGAGCAGGCAGAGGUGGAAGGCUCCUUGGUGAUUGAAGGACCUCAUUUAGAAAGGAUUCUUCCAAAGCUGCUCCUGGAUUUCUGAGUACAGUAUCAGUAGUGUCAAAUCUGUUAAACAUUCACAUGAAGGUUU